AUGGCGGAGGAACUGCGGCGGCUUCAGGAGAGGGUCCGUGAGUUGGAGGCGGAACAAGCCCAGCUGCACCAGGAGCGGGAGGCCGGUCCUAGUCUGAGAGGACAAGUGGACAACCCAGGGACUACAGAGACUGUCAUCUACCUUCCUCGUGAACAAAAGUGCCCCAUGUUUCGAGGAACUCACGGGAUUGGGAUUGAUGACUGGGUGGAGGAGGUACCUGCAAUAUCCGCUGUUGAGGUAGUCAGCUUGCCAUCGGGUGUGCACGAAGUCCGCGACGAGCGUGAUGCAGUUAUAGCUACCGUCCGGUCUCACACUGCCAAGAGGGGUUCGGUGCGAGAGAACAUACUAGGUGCCAAUGUGACUCAACAGCGCCAUCUGCUGGCCUCCUCUCCUCUGUCAUCCAGCCUUCUUCUCUCUCACUGGCCCAGACCAGAGCAGAGAGGAUUCAUGGUCCAAACCAAGCAGAUCAGGUGA